AUGUCCUCCGAACUGCCUCCUCUUGAGCAGGCCAAGCGAAUCGCCGCCCACCAGGCCGUGGAGCAACACUACCCCAAGGACGCCAAGGUCGUGGGCAUUGGCUCAGGAUCCACCGUGGUCUACGUUGCCGAGAAGAUUGCGUCGUUGCCCAAGGAGCUCACCAAGGACACCGUGUUCAUUUCUACGGGUUUCCAGAGCAAGCAGCUGAUCCAGAACGCCGGGUUGCGACUGGGAUGCAUCGACCAGUACUCCAACGGAGAUCUGGACGUGGCGUUUGACGGCGCCGACGAGACCGACCCUCAGCUCAACUGCAUCAAGGGCGGAGGAGCAUGCCUCUUCCAGGAAAAGAUUGUCGCCGAGUGUGCCCGCAAGUUUGUCGUGGUGGCCGACUACCGAAAACAGUCCAAGGCUCUGGGCACCGUGUGGAUCCAGGGUAUCCCCAUUGAGGUGGUGCCCGACGCCUACAACAAGGUAAUUGCUGAUCUCAAGAAGAUGGGCGCCCAGUCCGCGGUGCUGCGACCCGGCUCUCCCGGAAAGGCGGGCCCCAUCAUCACCGACAAUGGCAACUUCAUUGUCGACGCCUACUUUGGCGAGAUCCAACCCGACGCCGUCAAGGACCUGCACAUCAAGAUCAAGCUGCUGUUGGGCGUCGUUGAGACCGGCCUCUUCACUAACGCGGACGUAGCGUACUUUGGAAACGCCGACGGAACCAUCUCCACCAUUACCAAGUAA